UGUCGAAAUAUUGAAACCGAAUCAGUAGUAAUUAGAAAAUUAUAUCAGCACAAUACAUUCAGUUCAGUUUUUUUAAGAUCCUUAUUUGCAUUCAACAUGGAACUUACUAAAUUCCAGUUAUUUCUGUUUUAUGUCAUUUGCUGUUUACAUAUCUCAGAAUCGGCAAGCAUUGUGAAAAAUGUAGGCGUCGACUCCAUGGAAAAACUAGCCAGCGGCUGUGAACAAUUUAUUUUAAUCAAAGAUGGCAUGAAGGAAAAGGUAUACGAUUUUUAUUUUUCGGGAAGCGGAGACCUUCUCAACUUUUUCGACAAACUAGACACCUAUUUAGAAAAGGAAAGUAAAAACGAUGCAAAGUUUGCGAAAAUGGUCAAUUACUUUUAUGUGUGCAUGAAUGAUGCUAGCAGGGCAUCGCUGGAUCAAUUAAAAGCUUUCGUCAACUGCCCGGCGUUCAAAACGCUGAAGAAACGACAAGAAGAACGCUAUGAAAGUCUGCUACGGCUAGCUGGUAAACAUUUAUCAGAUGGACAAAUUCUGCUAUCACUAAGGAAAGAACUCGAGAAUAAUUCUUCCGAACGAUUGUUAGACUGCAUCUCACUUAAGAAUAAUUAAAUGUUCAUAUAACACAGUGAA